CAGACCUGGAGCUUUAGCGUGCAGACCUGGGCGGACAGAAGGAAUGAAGGCAAAUGCCUCGGGCCUCCGCUCUCUACACUAGGCACAUCUGUAGUCCUGGAUGCUAAAUCACUGCAUUGCUGUGUCUGUUCAUUUUUCAUGUCGGUUGAAAACCAAGGAAAGAAGCACAGAAUUCCGAGAUCCAAAGCCUGCCCAUGAGUAAAAGCAAAUGCCCAGUGGGGUCCAUGUCUUCUCUGGUGACCCCAGCUAAGGAGCACAACGCCCUAGGCCUGAAGGAGGUGGAGCUCGUCCUGCUGAAGGAGCAGAAUGGAGUGCAGCUCACCAACUCCACUCUCAUCGGCCCGCCGCAGACCGCCGCGGAGACCCAGGAGCGGGAGACCUGGAGCAAGAAAAUCGACUUUCUCCUCUCAGUCAUAGGGUUCGCGGUGGACCUGGCCAACGUCUGGCGGUUUCCCUACCUGUGCUACAAAAACGGCGGUGGUGCCUUCCUGGUCCCCUACCUGCUCUUCAUGGUCAUUGCCGGGAUGCCACUUUUCUACAUGGAGCUGGCGCUUGGGCAGUUCAACAGGGAAGGGGCUGCUGGCGUCUGGAAGAUCUGCCCCAUACUGAAAGGUGUGGGCUUCACGGUCAUCCUCAUCUCGCUGUAUGUGGGCUUCUUCUACAACGUCAUCAUCGCCUGGGCGCUGCACUACCUCUUCUCCUCCUUUGCCGCGGAGCUGCCCUGGACCCACUGCAACAACACCUGGAACAGCCCGGCCUGCUCAGACGCGCACCUCGGCAAUGCCAGCGGUGACCAGGGCCUCAACAGCACCUUCGGGACCACACCCGCCGCCGAGUACUUUGAGCGCAGUGUGCUGCACGUCCACCAAAGCCAUGGCAUUGACGACCUGGGCCCUCCGCGGUGGCAGCUCACGGCCUGCCUGGUGCUGGUCAUCGUCCUUCUCUACUUCAGCCUGUGGAAGGGGGUGAAGACCUCAGGGAAGGUUGUAUGGAUCACAGCCACCAUGCCAUACGUGGUGCUCACUGCUCUGCUACUGCGUGGGGUCACCCUCCCUGGGGCCAUUGAUGGCAUCAGAGCGUACCUAAGUGUGGAUUUCCAUCGGCUCUGUGAGGCGUCUGUCUGGAUCGAUGCUGCCACCCAGGUUUGCUUCUCGCUGGGCGUCGGGUUUGGGGUGCUGAUCGCCUUCUCCAGUUACAACAAGUUCACCAAUGACUGCUAUAGAGACGCGCUUGUCACCACCUCCAUCAAUUCCCUGACGAGCUUCUCCUCUGGCUUUGUGGUCUUCUCUUUCCUGGGGUAUAUGGCGCAGAAGCAUAGUGUACCCAUCGGGGAUGUGGCCAAAGAUGGUCCAGGGCUGAUCUUCGUCAUCUAUCCAGAGGCCAUCGCCACACUGCCGCUGUCCUCAGCCUGGGCUGUGGUUUUCUUCAUCAUGCUUCUGACCCUGGGCAUCGACAGUGCCAUGGGCGGAAUGGAGUCAGUGAUCACCGGGCUCGUCGACGAGUUCCAGCUGCUGCACAGACACCGGGAGCUCUUCACGCUCUUCAUCGUCCUGGCAACCUUCCUCCUCUCCCUGUUCUGCGUCACUAACGGUGGCAUCUAUGUCUUCACACUCCUGGACCACUUCGCGGCUGGCACGUCCAUCCUCUUUGGGGUGCUCAUCGAAGCCAUUGGGGUGGCCUGGUUCUAUGGUGUCAGGCAGUUCAGCGAUGACAUCAAGCAGAUGACGGGGCAGCGGCCUAGCCUGUACUGGCGGCUGUGCUGGAAGCUGGUCAGCCCCUGCUUCCUUCUGUUCGUAGUCGUGGUCAGCAUCGUGACCUUCAGGCCCCCCCACUACGGUGCCUACAUCUUCCCGGACUGGGCCAACACACUGGGCUGGGCCAUCGCCACGUCCUCCAUGGCAAUGGUGCCCAUCUAUGCAGCCUACAAGCUCUGCAGCUUGCCUGGGUCCUUCAGAGAGAAAUUGGCCUACGCCAUCACGCCCGAGAAGGACCGAGAGCUGGUGGACCAAGGGGAGGUGCGCCAGUUCACGGUGAGGUUGCUGUCCCCAGGGGUCCCCCAGCGGGAAAAUCCAGAAUGACCCAAAGUAGUCUUCUUGCUGCCCUCAGAGAGCUGGGAGGCUACAUGCAGAUGGCUUGGGCUCAGUACGUCAACAGGGGCCCCGUGAGCACCUGUGUGCCACAUGGUCUGCACUCUGGCCUGGGGCCACUCUGCGGGGCCCUGCACUGAGAUUGGGAGUCUGGCAGGCUGUAGUGUGGGUGCAGAUGAGCACAAAAGAAAAAAGAAGGGGGAUCACGGGCCUCCUGGAGGUGCAUCGUCAUAGACACCCACAUGAAGGCCAGGUCCCUGCAAAGACACAGGUCUGGACACGUCCAGGCCAUAGCAGCAACACCCUGAGGGGGUGGGCUGAGCCAGUCUGAGCACCAGCAGGGGUCACCCACUUCAGAGUGGACACUAGGGAAAUGGUGCCGGAAACCAGACAGGGGUCUGGAGCUGCUCAGGAGGGGGAGGCAGUCACAUGUCACACUGAAGCAGAGUGAAGCCAGGCCAGGACACAGCACUGAGCAAAUGGCAUGGGGAAGGUGGUACGAGUGGCAGCCCCAGGCCCCCACACCUCUGGCACAGCUCCUCCCUCCCCUCCUCUCCUCCCCCACCUUCCUCUCUUCCCCCACCCCUCCUCCCCUCUUCUCAUUAGGGAUUGCAUUUUACUUCACUUGCUUGGUACUUUUCAACUGCACCCCAGAUGUGGUGGGUUCUACCUUCCUCAAUCUGGGUUCUUUUGCCUUAAAGGUUCCUGGGCUUCACAUUGGACAUAGCUGAGUUACUAUGAACAGUUACAAGAACAGUCUGAUCUUUUGGGAUCUUGCAUUUUCAGGCUUAUUAGGUGGUACCAGAGUAGCAUUUAAGCCAAGCCUACUGUCCCUUGCUGGAGAAAGGCCUCAUGACCACACCACACAAUGUCCUGUGAACCAUGAGCUUUCCCAGCCUGGCCAACAGGGCAGGUGCUGCACAUGGCCUGUGUGAGCAUGAGAGGUUGUCCCCAAAGCGCCACAGGUGGUCUCUCCACAGCUUCCUCCACAUGUUCACAUUCCCAGCAGCCUCUGUGGGCCCUUGUGCAGGUCUGCUCUCUGUGUACUGUCUCCCCUGUGGUCCUCUGUCCUACAAAAUCCAGCCUCCUCAGUCCCCCCAACUUCCUUCCCCAGCUCCUCAACUCUAGAGUCCACCGGCUCCCUAGGUCCCCUCCUGUGCUACACCUCACUGCUCAGAGCAGUGAGCGGGGCCACUGGGUGGACUCUCUUGGGCUCACUAGCUCUGCGGGUCCAACGUGUCUUGAACACCAUUACUGCAUGUGUUGUGCUUAUGGAGGCUUGUUUUAGAUGUGAAUUUGGUCCCUGUUGUUCCAUCUUGACCAGAAUGUCUCUGCAUAUGGCUGUCCAGGCACAGGUGGUUCAUGCCGCCUGCUGUGUGAUGUCCCCUCAGGGGAACUAGUGCAGUGUGGUGGAUGGGUGUCUGUCCCCUUCUCCCUGACGGCAACACACUUCACUGGCAGGAGUGUCUUACUUCCUCUGGACAGUGCGUUUGGUCUUCU